CGCGGCUGUUUUUUAAAGGGCGUUUAAUUCCCCGUGAUUUGCCUGUCAGGACAGAGCACAUUUAAUCUGUUUCCCGGACUCAGACAUCAUCAAUAAAUAACAGAAGCUAGAGUCAGCUAACGGCUGCUAAGCGAGCAUCACCCCGCCUCGUUUACCCGUCACAGCGGCGAAGCGAAGUUGGGUCAAAAACAGUUAUUCUGAAGCCGAGGGAGCCGACGAGAAGUGACGGCCAGGAUGAGCGGUGAUGAAUUGAACCCAGCUGCGGUGCCUCGGCCGGUGGAGGAUGUGCAGGGAGAUGCACGGUGGAUGUCACAGCACACAAGAUUUGUGCAGGAGUGUAAGGAUGCUGAACCAGACGUGCUUUUUGUUGGGGAUUCUUUGGUACAACUAAUGCAGCAGUUUGAGGUCUGGAGGGAGUUAUUCUCUCCUCUUCAUGCGCUGAACUUUGGGCUGGCAGGGGACACCACCUGUAACGUGCUGUGGAGGCUGCAGAAUGGAGAGCUGGAGAACAUCCGUCCCAAGGUGGUGGUGUUGUGGGUAGGCACCAACAAUCACGAGCACACAGCAGAGCAAGUCGCCGGAGGAAUUCUUGCAAUUGUACAGCUGCUCACCUCCCGCCUCCCCAAAGCGAAGAUAGUUGUACUGAGUUUGCUACCUCGAGGCGAGCGUCCAAACCCUCUGAGGGAGAAGAACGCCGCUGUUAACGGGUUCCUGCGCCAGUGGCUACCACGACUGAGCCAGGCUCAGUACCUGGACGUGACCGGGGAUUUCGUCCACUCUGAUGGAACCAUCAUCCCACAGGACAUGUUUGACUUCCUCCAUCUGACGGCGUCGGGCUACCGCAGCGUCUCGAAGCCCCUGAGCGACCUGCUGCUUCAGAUACUGGAGGAGACGCCGGAGGAGAGACGGGCGUCGCUGGUUUGAGGGCCACGGCCCAGCAGCACAUUUACCCAGAGGCAUGUCUCACUCGCUGCUGCUGCGGGGAGACGGGGGAGACAUGUCCCUGGUAAUCUGCAGGAGGAAGGGCUCACUCAUAGGGGGGGAGAGGCACCCCGAUGUGAGUGGGCCCACGAGGGGUGUGGGAUCACAUUAAUGAGCGGAGGGUUGGGUGUGGAGGGGUGCUGAAGAGGGAGAGAGACCUCACUACAGAUGUAGACACUUUGAUUGCAGGAAAGGAUUCACCAAUCUACUCUGAAUGAUUAACUGAGAUCAUGUGGGACUGCAGUGGCACACAAACACACACACACAAACACACACACACACAUCAGUCUUGGCCUAUACAAUUUGUGUUUCCCUUUGUCGCGUAGAUAUGACGCAAAACAAAAACACAAUCUGAUUUCUUUGUUUUGUUAGAUGUCUGUCGAAACGGUUAAAUUGAACACAUGAGAGGUUCACGACUAACCUUAUCCAACAUUGUACAAUGUUUUGAGUCUGACCCGUGUGCUACAGAGCAGUGGUUUCCAGGCUGGGGGGGGUCAGUGCCCUCCGUAGACCUGUCCCACAAAAUUCUGCUUAUUUUGCCUAACAAAUUAAAUCAAAAAGAAAAAAUCACUUAGCAUACUUUUAAGGGUCCACGAGUCAAAAAGGUUUGGAACCACUGUAUUGCAGAUGCUACUGCAGAGAUAUACUCAGUGUUACGCAGUGAGCAACGUUUAAAAAUUAUUCUCACUAUUAGACACUUUUGCUUAAAGCAUAACCAUGUCAAGCAACUGGCAUAUAAAAUCAUUCACAUAAAUCCAGUUCUUCAUAUGUACUACUUCAUAUAUUCAGGAGCACUUAGCCUGCUAAAUGUUCACCUUUUGAAGUCCGUGUAUGACUAUUUAGAUGUCUUUUGAAACUGUACAUCAAUAUAAAAACAAGAGAUCAGUGUUUAUGUGGAGAGUUAACUAGACCACACAUACUGCAGAUCGCCACGUCAUUCCUGUUUGACUGCAUGCGUGUCUCAGGACAAACCUUUGGUGUAGAUCUUCGGCCAGCGCUUGUGUGUUAAAUUAGUGAAUAUCAGUUAUAAAAUCAUGCAUUCAUUCGUAUUAAUUAGCGAUGUUAGGCUGUUGUUGAUAAUCUGCACUGGUCUUCCACAAACUUCCAGCACUGACGCUUACAUGCACAUCACAUGCAGAAGAAUUACAUUUCACCAUUUCCAGAUAAAUUUACUGUGAAGUUUCAUUUGCGUGUCCAUAGUAGAGGACACACUUAAAAUGUUUUGUAUUGCUGAGUGAAGUCCUGCCAACCUUUUAAAAAAUCGUGCUGCUAACGACUUCUUGACUGUGUCCUUGGUGUCUGUUGAAGGAUAUUUAAAGAAAGAAAAGAAAAUAUUCAACACAUCCAGUCCUCCUGCCUUCAUCUCACGUUGCUAAUGGUAAGACGAGUUACUCCUGAUUAAAAGAUACAGAUGAAUCUUACUCUUCGUCUGUAUUUUACACUAAUAUAUCCAAGUAUCCACAGUCAGACUUUGACUAGCACAGGCUCUCUCUCCCUCUCCCUCCUGAAUCCAUGGAUAUACAGUAUUUCCUCCUAGAGGCACCUCUUCAUUCUGUUCCUCACCUCCUCUUUCUUUUUUCUGUCCCUGUUGUAUUUGUAGCCGACUCUCGCCCCAGCCCUGCCACCCCUCCCCUGGGACCUGACAUCUCCACAUGGUAUAGUUAACUGAAUAUUUUUAGGAAUUAAAAAGUAGCCAUGUGGUGAAGCUACUGAACACAGCUAUACUGAAUAUUGUCACGCUAAAUGCAAAAAAAAAAAAAAGAAAAAAAGCAAUCGCUUUAUGUAAAGAAAAUCCAUUCGUCUGUGAGCUUAUACUGAGAGUCUUUUGUCAAGCAUCGAAUUACUGCUGUCUUAAGCUCUGCACGUUUGCGUGCUGUGUUAAAUAUAAAUAGUGUAUGUGUGUGUGCCUUAAGUGUUCAUGGGGAUGGCUGUGUACAGUGUGUCUGGUAAGUUGGAGGUAUGAGUGUCUAGGAGUGACCCCAGUUGUAUAUAAGACAUGUGGAGCUUGAGAAAGUGAUGUUUGAAGGGGGUUCGGAUUGUGUCUGGUGCGAUACGGCAUUUGCACUGUUUUGGCUCAUUGUCACGUUAUUAAAAGCAUUCCAAUAAAAAAAAGAAAAAGAAUCAAAAGAUCUAA